UCUAUAGAUAAGCCGCACCAACCAAGAAAAACUCGUCAAAUCUUUCUACCCGUUUGUGAAGUGAAAAAACUGUUUAUAUAUCCGAUUAAAGCCGUGAAAGGGGUUGAAGUGAAUUGUCUGGAGAUUACUAAAUAUGGUGUUAAAUAUGGAGUUUUCAAAGACAGAUCGUGGAUUAUAUUGAACGAGUUCAAUCGAUUUAUUGGCCUUAAAGACGAGCCGAGACUUGCGCUCACCCGCACCCGCAUUGAAAACGAUGAGCUAUGGGUGGACGCGCCCGAUAUGCCAACCCUUAAACUUAGAUACAUUGAACAAAUUGACAGCAAUCACAAUCUAAUAUCUACUAGACUGUACGGACAGAACCUAAAGGGCAUAGUUUGCAGCGAUGAGGCAAAUGAUUGGUUUCAAACAUUUCUGGGUAAACCGGGUAUACGUCUAAUACAACAUCACCCGAGCCUUGACUACAGAGACACCAAUUCAGACCAAAGGAGAUCUGAUGACAAACUUUAUCCCAUUAUCUAUCAAAACAAAUCGGGUCUCCAUUUGAUUAACGAGAGUUCAGUGCGUGAUCUCAACUCACGUUUCACAGAAGGCGCCGAUCACGUGACUUAUGAGAAUUUCCGGCCAAACGUUUUGGUCGAUUACCCGCACCCCUGGGCUGAAGACAAGUGGCUGUGGAUGCGAAUCAACAAAAUUAAAUUUAUGCAACUAAUGAACUGCAAUCGUUGUCCCGUUACAACUGUUAACACCGAAACCGGUAUUAAAAAUAUGGAGACUUUAGUGGCGUUGAAAACAUCGUGGAUUCUAUUAAACGAGUCCAAUCGCUGGAUUGGCAUUAAACACGAGCCGAGACUUGCGCUCACCCGCACCCGCAUUGAAAGCGAUGAGAUAUGGGUGGACGCGCCCGAUAUGCCAACUCUUAAACUUAGAUACAUUGAACAAAUUAACAGCAAUCACAAUCUAAUAUCUACUAGAGUGUACGGACAGCACAUAAAAGGCAUUGUUUGCAGCGAUGAGGCAAAUGAUUGGUUUCAAACAUUUCUGGGUAAACCGGGUAUACGUCUAAUACAACAUCACCCGAGUCUUGACUACAGAGACACCAAUUCGGACCAAAGGAGAUCCGAUGACAAACUCUAUCCCAUUAUCUAUCAAAACAAAUCGGGUCUUCAUUUGAUUAAUGAGAGUUCAGUGCGUGAUCUCAACUCACGCUUCACAGAAGGCGCCGAUCACGUGACUUAUGAGAAUUUCCGGCCAAACGUUUUGGUCGAUUACCCGCAGCCCUGGGCUGAAGACAAGUGGCUAUGGAUGCGAAUCAACAAGCUCAAAUUUAUGCAAUUAAUGAACUGCGAUCGGUGUCCGUCCACAACAGUCAACACUGAAACCGGUGUUAAAAAUUUGGAGACUUUAGUGGCGUUGAAAACAUUUCGUGCGCCGACGGGAGUGACAAAGAAGAAGGGUUUGGGUCCGAGUUGUGGAGUAAUAUUCUCUCAUUUAUCCGACGGUUUCAUUAAUGUUAGCGAUUGUAUUGAUAUCGUUGUGGGAGAGAAUGCCGUCACUUCUCGAGACAUGACUUUUCAAAAUAAAAUUAAUUAAAUUAUAUUCUGUUAAAC